ACGAUGGAGCGAACAACCACCCACUUUCUCCAUUUCCGUGGCACUACCUAUAAAUACCUCAGCUAUACGCCUCUUUCUCUAUCUUAGAUUGGGAUUUUAGGGUUUAUAAAAAACCACCAAAAGGGGGAAAAAUCAGGAGUGGGGUUUCGGUGGGAGAGGAGAUGAAAUUCUUGCUGGUGCUCGUACCUUGCUUCGGUCACCAGCAGUUUCACCGAUCCUCCGCCGCCGAUGAGCCCCGCGUGGAGGAGACGCGAUCGCUCAUGAGGACGCCGUCAAGGCGGUCGAGGAAGCGAGUCAGGAUCUCCGGCGGCGGUGCCUCAGCGGAGUGGAGGCCGUCACUGACGUCGAUCUCCGAGGACAGGCCGUCGUCGGCCACUGUGAAAUCUGGUAGCUGCGGCCGAGACGAGAGGAAAGUCAGGCGAAAGAGCCGCAGCGGCAGUGGCGGAUGGUCGUCCCACGUUCGUGGCCGUAGCGAAGAUUUCGGGAGCAGUGCGUCCGAGACAGCAAUUCCGGCGUUCUCACCAACUCCUUUCAUGUUUUGAGUUUAUGUUCCUUGAGAAAUCUCAAUGUGUUCAAUAUAUAUAUAUAUAUAUAUAUAUAUAUAUAUAAUUAUAAACAUGCAUCUAUAUGUAAUUAUUAGGAGAAUGAUGUGUUAUGUAAAUAUGUAUAUUUUAGAUGAUCCCGCCAAUACAAAAUUAUGAACCCUAGAGUGUCUUUUUUUAUUUAUGAAAUUUGGGUAUACGGUCCAGCCUCUGUUCGAAACCCUGGCUGACAUCUUCCAUCCACUGUCGAAAUGGUAGACCGAUCGGUCCAAGACUUGGAUUUCGUUUUUUCGGCGAGUUGUUUUUUUCACCAUUUUUUUUAUCCAAUUUCGAUCUUUUUUGUUCCCAAUCAUUUCUAAUCAAUAGCUAAACAUUCUACA